AUGACAAGGGAGCUACUCAUCCCCUUGGUCAGCUGUCUCUUUGUCAUAAAUCAGGCCAGCCUCAUCCAUCGCUGUGACUUGGCCAAGGUGCUGCACCAGGAAGACUUGGAUGGGUUUGAGGGCUACUCCCUGAGCGACUGGCUGUGCCUGGCUUAUAUAGAAAGUAACUUCAACAUAUCAAAGGUCUAUGAAAAUGCAGACGGCAGCUCUGACUAUGGCCUCUUCCAGAUCAACAGCCACUACUGGUGCAACGAUUAUAAGAGUCACUCAGAAAACCUUUGCCGCAUGGAAUGUCAAGAUCUGCUGAACCCCGACCUUUUCUCAAGCAUUCGCUGUGCAAAAAUGAUUGUGUCCAGAGCAGGAGGGCUGGACAACUGGAUAGAAUGGAAGCUGCACUGUGCAGGUCGGCCACUCUACUACUGGACGACAGGGUGUCGCCUAUGA